AUGGAUGACAGCCAGAAACUUGUGAAGUUCCUCUUAGGGGAGAGAGCGGAGCCUGUUGUGAACGAUGCGUUCCCAAUGUCUACAUUGCAGUCAUCCAACUCUCUGAAGGCACCUUAUGAAGACUGGCUGCUGACGUAUGGCUUGAGCAUCUCUCCUUUUCACAUGCGAUGGCAAACAGCUCUCUUCAACCGCCAGUUCUACAACUGGGGGAGGUGGAAACCUAGAUUUCUGUAUUUAUGGUUCAGCAUAGGAAUGGUGUUUGGUAUAGGUGCCAUGUUUGGCUCUGUUAUUCUUCUUGGAAAGACACUGAUGCAAACACUGACACAGAUGCUCACCGAGGCACCAAAAGCCCAGAAUGAUCGUAUGCUGCAAGUUGUGGUGCCUGGUGUAAAUUUGCCUGUCAGCCAGCUGACCUAUUUCUUCUCUGCAAUCCUCAUCAGUGGUGUGAUACAUGAAGUCGGCCAUGGGGUGGCAGCUAUUCGAGAACAAGUACGAUUUAAUGGAUUUGGGAUUUUUAUCUUCAUUGUGUAUCCUGGAGCAUUUGUUGACCUCUUCACAACCCACUUACAACUGAUAUCCCCAGUCCAGCAAUUAAGGAUAUUUUGUGCAGGAGUGUGGCAUAAUUUCGUUCUUGGUGUUGCAAGUUUCGUGGUUUUGUUUCUGCUGCCAGCCAUUCUUUUCCCUUUCUAUUACACGGGUGUUGGGGCACUUGUCACUGAGGUCGCCGAGGAUUCUCCUGCCAAUGGACCCAGAGGUCUUUUUGUGGGAGACCUUGUCACUAACCUACAAGACUGCCCAGUUUAUAGUGUGGAAGACUGGAAUUCCUGUCUGGGAGACAUUUCAGAGAAGUCACAGGUUGGCUACUGUGUAAGUGCAGCCACCCUACAGCAAUUAAGCUUUCCAGCUAGAGUCUAUAGAAGACUCGAUAGCUCAGUUGAAUGCUGUAGUAACAACAGCCUCACAGACAUUUGCUUUUCAUACAGCAAUAACUUGGACAGCCACCUGUAUGCCUGUCUGCCAGCACGAAAAGUUAUUGAGGCCAGCAAAGUUUGUCGAACCAACAUGGACUGCCAGAAGGACUUUGUUCCAAGCUUUUGUGUGACUCCUUCUUUAGAGAACCAAACAAGGCUAAUCAGGGUAAAACAUCCACCCCAUAUUGACAUGCUGUACGUAGGACAUCCCAUGCAUCUUCAGUACACAG